ACAUUCUGAGAAGUCAUGGAAAUCCCCAAUGAGCAGGAAAGACCGGUUUAUGACACGUAUAAAAAGAACACUUCCUCAUCAGACACUCUUCAGACACACACACAGGCAAUCUAUCUAACUGAAGACAUUACUCCAGAGGAAACCAGAGGACACACUCAGAUUGAUCACUCUGAGAAAAUUCUACAAUCCGCAGACAUGGGAGACAAUCCGCAGUUCAUUACGGAGAACCGUGAGCGUAUCUUGGCCGUAGAGAAUUCCUUCAUGCCAGGUGGAAAACCUCUCCUCACUCCGGAUCGUGUCCUGAUCGGAGAAGGUCGUCUGAUGAAGUUGUGCAGACGCAAACCUCAGCCGAAAGUCUUCUUCCUGUUUAAUGACAUCCUGAUGUAUGGCAGCAUUGUGGUCCCAGGCCGUUGGAACAAUCACCAGAAGAUCCUGCGCCUGGAGGAACUGGAACAAGUGAACCUGGAGGAUGGAGUAGGAAUGAAGAACCAGUGGCUCCUCCGGACACCACACAAGUCCUUCCACAUCUCUGCAGCCUCAGUAAUGGAGAAGCAGGCAUGGAUGGAGCACAUAGAGCGCUGCAGGGUGGAGCGGUUGAAGCAGCUUGGUUUGCCUGCUGAAUCAUUGAAGCCAUUCGCUGCCACUUGGAUCCCCGACACCGCCUCAGCUGUGUGUAUGCGAUGCUCAGAACCCUUUAACGUCACCCAGCGCAGACACCACUGCAGACACUGUGGCUUUGUGGUGUGUAACUCCUGCUCCAAAGGCCGUGCCAUUCUCUCACACAUCUCAUCCAAACCCGUCCGUGUAUGUCGCCUGUGUGAAAAAUCUCUGCAUGAAAAGGAUAUCAGCAAUGAAGGAAUCACCAGGAAGAAAGACUCGAUGAAGGAGAUGCCAGAAUAUGAAGAGUCCAGUGAUGAGGACCAGGAGAACCACACACACAAUGCAUGGUUCAAUGCGUACAGUGAACCUGAGCCUGUAUACUGCUACUUUAACCCCAAACACAUCAAACCACAGUGCAGAUUUCCACAGAACAUCUGAAAAACCUCAAAAGAGGGUUAAAAAGACAGUUGUGACAUUUAACAGUCACUUUACCACACCAUCUCUUCAUCUUCAUCCACACCACAGAUGAUGUUCUACUUAUAAACUUUUAUAUAAGGAACCGGUUCCACAGGAUCAGGAAGAUGUUUAAUAACUGAUAACUUGACACUGAUGUGAAAAACACUGACAGUGAACAACUACACAAAAUUUAAAUGUAAAUAAUUUACAGCAUUUAUUUAUUAUUAGUAGAUUGAACAGUUUAUUGUGUUGUGUAAAAAUCUGAACGAUGCAGAGUUUCCCCAUAACUAGUCUGUCAUUGACAAUAAUAUUACCAAAUUACUGUUAAAUAAAUCUCACAUCACAUACUCUUAGAGACGAUAUAGCAUUUAAUAAGCUUUACUAUUAUAAGUUUAAACCUGAAUGAGUUCAGUGACCACAUUAUCGCUAAAACUAGGGGAAUUAUGAAUAAUGACACUGUUUAUACUUGUAUUUAAAAAGAUUGUAUAAUGUAUAAUAUUAUUACCAAUUUAACAUUACCUUUCUAAUUCAAACACUAAUAAAUAAAAUGAUUAUGCAAGCA